AUGGCGACCGCUCGCCUGCUGGACGUGCAGACGCCUGUGCCGGGCAUCCAGAUCGUGUACGACUUCAUCAACGCCGCCGAAGAGGCCUACCUCGUCGAGAAGAUAGAUGCUGUCGGAGGUGGACCAGCUGCGGCGAGCGCGGCAGAGGGCGAGGACAAGGCGGGACGAGGCGCGGCGGCGGCGGCCAAGAAGCCUUCCGGGUGGAAGGACCUCAACGGCCGCAGGAGCAUGUACUGGGGCGGCACCGUCCUCCCCUCGGGCUCGCUCGUCCCCUCGCUGUUCCCCUCCUUCAUGGACAGCGCGUGGCCCAACGUCCUCGACCGCAUCGCGCAACUCGGCGUGUACGACGCCUACUCGGGCGGCGAGGGCACGGGCAAGGAGCGCGGGCCGAACCAUUGCCUCGUCAACGAGUACCAGCCCGGCGAGGGCAUCAUGCCGCACACCGACGGCCCGGCGUACCAUCCCCUCACCUCGACCGUCUCGCUCGGCUCGCACACCAUCCUCUGCCUGCGCUCCCCGCCCUCGCACCUCGCGCCCUCCUCCUCCUCGUCUCCCUCCUCUCCAUCCUCCUCAGACGCAGCACCACCCGCCGUCGAGAAAAUCGACAUCCUCCUCCCGCCGCGCUCGCUCGUCCUCCUCAGCGGCGACCUGUACUCGACCUGGCUGCACGGCAUCCAGCCGCUCAAAGGCGACUCGCUCGAGUCGCUGCGAGGGUGCGCAAACUGGGACGGGUGGUGGGAGUGGCAGGGCGAGGCGGCGGCGGCAACGGCGGCGGGAGAGGGAGAGGGAGAGGGAGGAGGCGAGGAGGCGGCAGCGGCCGCAAGGCGCGAGGUCAACAAGGCGAGGGAGCUCGUCGAGGCGGGCAAAGGGUGGGAGCGCGGCAGGAGGGUGAGCCUGACGUGUCGCCGGCCCCGGGGCAAGGUCCGCACGGGCCUGCUCGGCCUGCGGUAA